AUCUCAAAAACUUCACACCUCAAUAGUCAAUCCAUUUUCUCACACACACACACAGUAAAAAAAGAUGUAUCUAAGAAUCCCAAUAGACCCAAAUCCUAAGCUAUUUUUCCCAUCAAAUCCACAUAUUCGAAAAACCCAAAUUGGUUCUUUAAAAGUACAUUCAAAGCUAAACAAUGUGAUUGAAAUUACUGAGCCCAAAAGCUUUUAUGAACUUUUGGGUAUUCAAGAAACUGAAUCUUUUUCUGAAAUUAAACAAGCGUACAAGCAGUUAGCUAGAAAGUACCACCCGGAUGUUUCACCUCCGGGUCGGGUCGAAGAAUAUACCCAAAGGUUUAUUCAAGUUCAAGAAGCUUAUGAAACAUUAUCGGAUCCUAAGUUAAAGGCUAUGUAUGAUAAAGACAUGUCUAAAGGCCUUCACUUUGCUUUCUCAUUCUCUGCUCGUAGGAGGAACCAAAAUGAUGAGUCAAUGGCAGACAAAGAUGAAUGGAAAAAUUGUUGGCAAUCUCAGUUAUCAGAGUUAAAGAGAAGAAACAUGCAUAACGAUUCUGGUAACAAGAUGUCUUGGGGUGCUCGGAUGCGCAGACGAAGGAAUGAAACAUCAUUAUAAUCAAUAAAUCCUUUGCUAUGUAAUUUUUUCUCUAUAUAUAGCAGUAUAUAGAGUAGUUAUGUUCUCUCUUUUGGCCUCUCCUUUUAUUAGAUAAUAACCAAAUAGAGGAAAACAAAUAUAUGUACAUAGUGUUAUUUGAAUCAAGAUGCUAUUUAACCUUAAUGCUCUUUUA